UGCUCAACCUCACAUCUGUCUGGAGGAACCUAAACAAAGGAAAGCAUUUAUCUUGAGAGCGGGCUUCGAUAAAUAGCACCCGACAUGCCCAGGAUAGCAGCAGGCUGUAGGAGGCUGUAGCUGUCGUUAUAUUUAUUUUGCUGCUGUUGUUAGUUUUUGCCGGGAACCAAAGAAGGAGUUCGUAUCUCUCUCUCUCUGGAGUCUCCCGCUAGAGGGGAAGAUGGCUGCCAUGAAGAUUGUAACGAGCACCGGGCUGUUUUUGGCGUUAUGCGCGUUAGGGUUGCUGGCUAUGGCUAUCUGCACCGACUAUUGGUACGAAACAGAUGCUCGGAGGCACCGGGAAAGGUGUAAGAAUUAUUCCAACAAGAGAACUGACCCGGGAUACAUCUAUAUUUCCAAUCACAACCUUCCCCUCCGCAUGCAGCCCAGGGAUAAAAGCAAAGGGAAGGGAGAUGAGAGUGUGCUACUUCCUAGAGUCAAGCGGCAUUUCUUAGCCGCUUCCUCGGCCAUGGAGUAUCAUUGCAGCCGGCAGUUUAACUCGACCAUUUCGGGGCUGUGGAGACGGUGUCACCGGGAGGGAUUUGAUAUUGAGACCGAGGACCUCAUUUAUAAAGGUAUGAUCCAGCGCUGUAUUCCAGUGAAGUACCAUUACUCCUCAUCCAUUCUUCCAAGGAACUUCCCCGUCAACAUCACCAAGACAAUCCGACAGGACGAGUGGCACGCACUGCAUCUGCGUCGGAUGACAGCUGGCUUCAUCGGGAUGGCGGUUUCCAUUAUCCUGUUCGGGUGGAUUAUCGGAGUCCUUGGCUGCUGCAAGCAGCAUGAUUUAAUGCAGUACGUGGCGGGGCUGUUGUUUCUCAUGGGAGGGACCUGCUGCAUCAUCUCCCUGUGCACUUGCGUAGCAGGGAUAAACUUUGAACUGUCCCGCUACCCACGGCACAUGUACGGACUGCCGGAGGAUAUCAGCCAUGGCUACGGCUGGUCUAUGUUCUGUGCCUGGGGUGGGCUGGGGCUGACCUUGCUAGCCGGAUUCCUGUGUACAUUAGCCCCUUCCCUCAGUGCCCCCCGCACAAUGGCACCAAAGCCAAGGCUGGAGAAUGGCACAGUCUGACACCCUGCGGGAAGCACAGCCACAAGGACACUGCGAGCCAUCGCUCGGACAAUACUGGCGAGUACAAACCACAGUGACUGGAGAGGAGGGGUCCUCUGCCUGCCACACCCGACCACACUUUUUUGUUCACUUAUGCCCAAGCGCAAGUGACUGCUUUGUAGAGAUUCUGAUUAAUAAUGGUGCUUCUCUAGGAACUUAAACAUAAACCAGAACAACAAAAAAAUAAAAAAUACAUCUCUUUCACUAUUUGGGUGGAAAAAAAAAAUUGUGGAAGCUAAAUUCUGUCCGAUGUGUGUUUUAGUCGGGUUGGACUGUAUUGUGAUUGUUAUUGGUUACUUGAAAAAAAUAUUAUGCUGGCAUAAACUGUCGAUUGUUAAAGACAACAAUAUUUAAUGUGGACUUUAUAUUGUUAUUAGUUGAACACUGUUUUUUUUAUUAUUAUUACCCACUGAAAUGUGCUUUCAGCUUUCAAAUGGCUGAAGGAGUUGCGCUGCAUAAAUGUGCAUACAGAAAAUAUAAAAGCAGUAGUUGACCGCACAUAUAGAAUGCGUCAAUGGCUUGAACGUUCUUUGGCUAAAAACGGUCUGUAACCUGCCAGUGACCUUAUCAGGUAAAGCUAAGCCCUACAGCGCCCCCUGGAGGAAGAAUGUAAACCUAAAAUUAAAAAAACAGAAAAAACAAAAACAAAACUAUAUUCUCUGCCCUCCAAAUUUACAAAUCACUUUUAAUAAUGAAUCCUUAAUGCCGGACUUAAGUCACAGGUUACUGUUUAAAGAUUAACCCAAGAGGAAAGAUUGCCAAGGUAAGCAUAACCAGGCUUAGAAUCUCAGAACUCAAUGUUUUUGUUAUUUGUAUUCCGAGUCAAUGCUUGGACUCAGAAGGACAGCUUAGUAUUCUGUGCAGAGUAUCUUUCAGAUAAAGCCAGUGUUUCAUGAUCACUUCAGUAAGAAAGGGUUUCACAAUGUGCUGCUAGUAAAAUGAUGAUCCCAGUGAUAUAUACUGUCUCCAUCAGUAUAGAAAUGAUCUAGAAAGUUCAGGGAUGGAAGAACUACAUUUUAAGCAAGCGACAUGCAGCAAGGAGGACAGAGACUAAGGCAUUGUGAAUCUGCACUUUCUUACAGGUUGCAUUUUUGUUUAAAAUACUGACAUUUGUAACCAAGAACAGACCUGUCCUUGAUGUAACCCUGCUUUAACUUGUCUUCCAAAAGCCAGCUUCAAGCCAGUGUCUAGUAUUGAUGUGUUAAAACUCAUAACAAGGUCCCUCGCCCGCCCACAACCAAGCACCAAUAAACCGCUACCCAUCUACCAGUGCAUUGCAUUCAGACCAGGCGAAUGACAGUAUGGAUUAGUUACCAUGGUUUCUAAGGACUUUUUCUCAGCAGUUAAGAGGAAUAAAGCCAAAGUGGGUAUCAAGAGCUUUUUAGAUACGGCAUCAUGCUGGCUUUGUACAGUGCUAAUAGUCGGUAAAAGGGAGUGCUAGACAGUACCAUACAAAGCUUACAGGAAUAGAUCCUGGGUCAGAGUACUGUUAAGAGUAAAUUCCUUCCAAGUGCCAUUUUUGUAUGCUUGCAGUCGAGCCAUACUUGUUGCUACAAUAUUGAGUUUCUCUCAUAUCUGAUUCCCUACUGCCGGUCAUAGCACUGUCUUCACCAUGAACUGAAACUUUGCCAAAAUGAAUUAAAAACACAAUAUUUCCACAACAUAGCUUGGUAGAACAAUCCUUUGUGAACACCCUACAACAAAACAGGAAAACAAUCCCGUUAGAUGCACAAAAUCUUCAGCAGCAAUUGAAAGAGCUGGAUGAUUGAUCAGUGACCAACACACAUUGAAGGGACAAGGCAAAUGAUUGAUCAGUGACCAACACACAUUGAGGGGACAAGGCGAAUGAUUGAUCAGUGACCAACACACAUUGAGGGGACAAGGCGAAUGAUUGAUCAGUGACCAACACACAUUGAGGGGACAAGGCGAAUGAUUGAUCAGUGACCAACACACAUUGAGGGGACAAGGCGAAUGAUUGAUCAGUGACCAACACACAUUGAGGGGACAAGGCGAAUGAUUGAUCAGUGACCAACACACAUUGAGGGGACAAGGCGAAUGAUUGAUCAGUGACCAACACACAUUGAGGGGACAAGGCGAAUGAUUGAUCAGUGACCAACACACAUUGAGGGG